UUUAGUUAAACCAAAGGUGCUUAACCUUUCAAUACAUAGGCACAGAAAAUACAGUAUAUUUUUGUUUCGUGAUUUUAUUUCUUUUAGCUUUAAAUUAAUUUUUUGCUUCCCAAUCAUCUGUCCUACUAGAGUCAGCUGGUUCUGGUUGAAGCUCAAAAUAGAGAUGUCUAGGAAUUAUGACAACUGGGGAAGGCUGGUGGAAGCCGUGAUGCGGCGAGAGAAGUAUAAGGCACGAAAACGUGGCUGCACCAAUGGCUUAUUAUUUUUCCAGAGAUAUGCUCAUGAUUUAUGACUACCAAAAUCAGGGAAGUGUUUCUGCUCUGCUACAUGAAAACACAGUUGAAAACAAGCCAGACUGGGAAACACGUCUAAGAAUUGCAAAAGGUGCGGCAAGAGGUAUUGCUCAUACGCACACACGACAUCGCGGUAGGCUUGUUCAUGGAAACAUAAAAGCCUCGAAUAUUUUUCUCAACUCCGAAAAAUAUGGUUGUGUGUCUGAUUUUGGCUUGGGAAGCGCGGAAGUAGCACCAGUUGUCAUGUGCGCUACUGGAUACCGUGCCCCGGAAGUGACAAUUGCUGGGAAGGUUUCGCAAGCGUCUGAUGUCUACAGCUUUGGAGUCUUGUUGCUUGAACUUCUCACUGGAAGAUCCCCUAUGAAUGGAAUCGGCGUUAAAAAGGUAGAUUUAGUUAAAUGGGUUCUUUCCUUGUUAGGUGAAGACAGGAGACUUGAAGUGUUUGAAAGUUUGGCUCUAAGUUUCCCCAAUGAAGUGGAAAAGAUGGUGAAGAUGUUACGAGUGGCGAUGAGUUGUGUGGCAGACAGUCCAUACCAUAGACCUACAAUGCCUGAUGUGUUGAAAAUGAUGGAGGACUUGUAAAAGUUCUGAUGCAAUAUUAAUGGCGCCACUCGAAGACUAAGGACUAACCAUGGCUGGCAUAGAAUGGCGACUGGAAUAUUGCACUCUGCUAGUUAUUCCAAUUUACUGUUUUUAUUUGACUUUGGUCUUCUAAAUAUGCAAUGACAUAAGAAAAAAUUGCUAUCUCUGAGUGUUUUACGAUAAGUUAAAUUUUUAAUGAAAGCCAUGUGAAGUAUGGCAGGUACUCUUAAUUGGAGAUUUCUUAUACAAGUGUGAAGUGGGGGUCACUUUUAUGAGAAUAUUUUAAAGCUUGAAUUCUCUAAAAAACUUAGGAAACCCAAUAUUUUUUUUCACAGUCAAAAUAAAAACAAUUGUGAGAACUCAAAAGUGUUACGAAAGU